UCUUGAUUCAAUAUUAUCCCAUUUUCACGAGCAAAACCCAUCAAAUUUCACUAGAAUCGGUCAAUUUCGGCCUUGAUCUCGCAUCGAACGACUAAAAAUUUAAUUCGUUCUCUUCCAUUUACGGUGGUUCGAAGGUUCUCUCACUUGGCUAUACUUAAUCGAAUCGAACUGUUGUUUUAUUGAUUUGGGGUUUGCUGUUGGCGUGGAUCUUGCGCAGUGAGCAAUGGCUAUGAUCGACGAGCCUCUGUAUCCGAUCGCGGUUCUGAUAGACGAGCUCAAGAACGAGGACAUUCAGCUGCGGCUGAACUCGAUCCGUCGUCUCUCGACCAUCGCUCGCGCCCUCGGGGAGGAGAGGACUCGGAAGGAGUUGAUCCCUUUUCUCAGCGAGAACAAUGACGACGAUGACGAAGUGCUGCUGGCAAUGGCCGAGGAAUUGGGGGUUUUCAUUCCGUACGUGGGAGGGGUUGAGCAUGCGAACGUGCUGCUUUCGCCUUUGGAGACUUUGUGCACCGUUGAGGAGACCUGCGUAAGGGACAAAGCGGUGGAGUCGUUGUGUAGGAUUGGGGCUCAGAUGAGGGAGCAGGACUUGGUCGAGUCGUUUAUUCCCAUGGUGAAGAGGCUGGCUGCUGGUGAAUGGUUUACUGCACGUGUUUCCUCGUGUGGGUUGUUUCAUAUUGCUUAUCCUAGUGCCCCAGAGGCAUUAAAGGCUGAACUACGAAUGAUAUAUAGUCAACUGUGUCAAGAUGACAUGCCCAUGGUGAGAAGGGCUGCUGCAACAAACCUAGGAAAAUUUGCUGCUACUGUGGAAGCUGCCCACAUGAAGACAGACAUCAUGUCAAUGUUUGAGGAUCUGACACAAGAUGAUCAAGAUUCUGUUCGAUUAUUGGCUGUUGAGGGUUGUGCUGCUCUGGGUAAGCUGUUGGAACCCCAAGACUGUGUGGCACAUAUUUUGCCCGUGAUAGUUAAUUUCUCUCAGGAUAAAUCUUGGCGUGUUCGUUAUAUGGUUGCAAAUCAAUUGUAUGAGUUAUGUGAAGCAGUGGGUCCAGAAUCUACCAGAGCUGACUUGGUUCCUGCAUAUGUUCGACUUCUUCGGGACAAUGAGGCUGAAGUACGUAUAGCUGCUGCAGGAAAAGUAACCAAGUUUUGUCGAAUUUUGAACCCAGAGCUUGCCAUUCAGCAUAUUCUUCCUUGUGUGAAGGAACUAUCAUCGGAUUCAUCCCAGCAUGUACGUUCUGCUUUGGCAUCGGUUAUUAUGGGAAUGGCACCAGUACUAGGAAAGGAUGCAACAAUAGAGCAACUUUUGCCAAUCUUCCUCUCUCUUCUCAAAGAUGAGUUCCCUGAUGUCCGACUGAAUAUUAUCAGCAAGCUUGAUCAAGUGAAUCAGGUCAUUGGAAUUGAUCUGCUAUCCCAGUCCCUGCUGCCAGCAAUUGUUGAACUUGCAGAGGAUAGACACUGGAGAGUUCGGCUUGCAAUAAUAGAAUACAUACCAUUAUUAGCAAGUCAGCUGGGUGUAGGAUUUUUUGAUGAUAAGCUAGGUGCACUCUGCAUGCAGUGGUUAAAAGAUAAGGUAUACUCCAUCCGAGAUGCAGCUGCUAAUAAUGUUAAGCGCCUGGCAGAAGAAUUUGGUCCUGAAUGGGCAAUGCAGCACAUAAUUCCUCAGGUUCUUGACAUGAUUAACAACCCACAUUAUCUAUAUCGGAUGACCAUACUACACGCAAUCUCUCUCCUUGCUCCUGUGAUGGGCCCAGAAAUUACAUGCUCCAAACUUCUACCUGUGGUCAUCAAUGCAUCAAAAGACAGGGUACCUAAUAUCAAGUUCAAUGUGGCCAAGGUCUUGCAGUCACUGAUUCCUAUUGUCGACCAAUCUGUGGUGGAGAAGACAAUCCGGCCCUGCUUGGUUGAGCUCAGUGAAGACCCAGAUGUCGAUGUCAGAUUUUUUGCCGGCCAAGCACUACAGGCAACUGAUCAGGUCAUGAUGACCAGCUAGAUUGAUCUUGUUAGUAGGGUUUUAGUUUUCCCUGAGAUUGGAAGUUGACUCGAGCAUGUAAUCUCGUAUAUGUUGUUGCCCUAGUGUUUUUUUUUUUUUUUUUGGAAUCAGAAUUACCGGCCUCAAGAUGACAUUAAGUCCCUAUUGUUUUUAACAUAUUAUUUUGCUUUUC